AUGCCACCGAAAAAAUCUAACCUCAACAACGAGCGGAGCAGAGAGGCACGGCGCAAACGUGUUGAAAGAGCUCAUAAGUCGGCAGAACAAAUCACAACAAGAAAUGUAGCUCAAAGAAUCAGGACAGCAGAGGGUCGUACACAAGAAUCUCAAGAACAGCAUGAAGAACGUCUGCGACAGACUAUUACGAGAACAAGAGCGGCACGAGAACGAACCAUAGCUGCAGCACGAGUACAAGAGCGACAGAGGCAGCAGACCAGCCGCUCAUUAAUACGUGCAUCAUUUGUUCGUCUUGCUUUCGAAUAUGCACCAGAUAUUAACUACUCUGCGCAUCCAAAAAUUGGUAUCGGUGCAAUGGAUAAAGUAUGUCAAUAUUGUCAGGCAUUGAAAUUUCGGAAUGAAACACCCGGCAUGUGCUGCGCAUCAGGAAAAGUUGUGCUGUCACCUCUACCCACUCCGCCAGAACCUUUAUUAUCCCUUCUUGCUGGCGAGUCAGACGAUUCAAAAUUAUUUUUGCGUAAGAUACGCAAAUUUAAUUCUUGCUUCCAAAUGACGUCAUUUGGGGCAACUAAAAUUUGCGAUCCCACAUCCAAUGGGCGUAAUUUUGAAACUACAUUCAAAGUACAAGGCCAGGUGUACCAUAAAAUCGGAUCAUUGUUGCCAAUGCCUGAUGAUGAUCCAAAAUUUCUUCAAAUUUAUUUUAUGGGCAAUUGUGAAGAGCACGUGACAACUCGGUGCCAGUAUAAUUUCAUUGACCAAGCAUCGGAAAGAGGGAUUGUGAUAUUGCUGGAAAAUUUUUUAGACGAUCAGAAUCAACUAAUUCGAUUGUUUAAAAGAGUUUCGCCACGAUUGCAAAAUGACAACUAUCAAAUCGUCAUAAAAGCAGACAAAGUACCAUUAGGUGAACAUGCUGGCAGAUUCAACGCUCCAACUGUUGAUGAGGUUGCCGUUAUUAUGGUUGGUGAUCCAGUUGACAAAAGAGCUAUAAAAAUUACACGGCGAGACAACACUGUCAGUACGAUUUCGGAUCUACACCGCUCAUAUGAAGCACUGCAAUAUCCAUUAAUAUUUUGGCAAGGACAGGAUGAAUAUCACCUUAACAUCAAACAGUGUGCUGAAGGAGAUAAAAAAGUUAGUUCAUACAGAUUGAUGGUUAGACUAAAUCAGAAGAACUAUAUCCUUCGAUAUCGUCAGCUAUUCCAUCAAUACAUUGUUGAUAUGUAUGCUAAGGUUGAAAGUGAACGAUUGCGGUUCAUUCGAUACAACCAGGCUAAAUUACGAUCGGAAGAAUACAUUCACUUACGAGAUGCUGUUGUUGGAAAUAUCGAUGGAAAUUUAAACCCCAAUGAUAUCGGUAAUGCUUUCAUUUUAUCUUCAAGCUACAUCGGCGGUCCACGGAACAUGCAGGAAUACAUACAAGAUGCAAUGACUUACGUACGUCAUUACGGCCGACCAGAUUUGUUCAUUACAUUCACAUGCAAUCCGAAUUGGAAAGAGAUACAAACUUUACUAUUACCAGGACAACAAACAAUUCAUCGUCAUGAUAUAACUGCACUUUUUGGUAUCACACGUUGUUGGCUGUAUUCGAUUGAGUGGCAAAAGCGAGGUUUGCCUCAUGCCCACAUUUUAAUUUGGCUUCAAGAUAAAAUCCGUUCUGAAGAAAUUGAUCAAAUAAUUUCAGCCGAAAUUCCAGACCCAUCAAUUGAUCAAAAAUUGUUCGAUAUUGUUACCAAACACAUGAUCCACGGGCCGUGCGGUGCUUUCAACAUGACGUCACCAUGCAUGGAAAAUGCAAGAAAAAUUUCCUAA